AUGACUAGUGCCAAGACGGAGCAGGAGGCCGGCGGCGUGGCCGACGUCGAGGAGAGCCGGCCGACGCUGCGGCUGUGCCGCAUCCUGAAGCACGUCGCCAACGCCACCACCGCGGCCGCCGGAGCGCCGUCCUGCGGCUUCCACAUCAGCCGCACGCAGUGGGACCCGUACCCCUGGGUGUCCGCCGUGGAGGUGGGCAGCCCCGCCGAGCAGGCCGGCCUGCGCGCCGGCGACUGCGUCCUCGAGGUGAACGGCGAGGACGUGCUGGGCCAGCGCAUCGGCGAGGUGGCGGCCAAGCUGACCGCGGGCUCCGCGCCGACGCCGCUCAACCUGCAGCUGCUGAGCUCGUGCCUGCAGCAGGCCAGCCAGCUGCUGGAGUGCCCCGUGUGCCUGGAGGCCGUGUCGCCGCCGGUGUGGCAGUGCUGCCACGGCCACUUGCUGUGCUCUGGCGAGGACCUCUCCGACGUCGCGGACGCCGUCGCCGAGCUCGCCCUGCCCGCCCUCGACGUGGCCGUGCCCCCCGCCAACGCGCGCGCCCGGUCGCAGUCCGCCGGCCACAUCGGCGCGCACGUCGCCAAGGCCGUGUCCGAGCGCGCCGGCGGCCUGGUGCACUGCCCCUACGGCUCCACCUGCAGCAGCACCUUCCCGGCGUCCGAGGUGUUCCAGCACCUCAGCGAGGACCACGACGGGCCGCUGACGCAGUACUUCCCGCGCGAGGGCCGCGCGCUGUCGCUGCCGCACCCGGGCCACAGCCAGGCCGGCCAGCGGCGCCACAGCCUCACCGUGCUCACCACCAAGGCGGGCGAGUCCCUGUUCCUGCACGAGGAGCGCGGCUGCCUCUGGCUCUGGACCCUGGCCGUGGCGGCCGACGACGCCCCCGCCGCCACCGACGCCGUGCCCGCCGACGUCGUCCCCGAGCCCUUCCUCUGCGUGGACUUCCCCGACGCGGUUUCCGGCCACACGAUGGUGCCCGUGUUCCCGCUGUCGGCGUCCUCCGAUGACGUCAUAGCCUCGGGGCGCUGCGUGCACGUGCCCGACAACGAGGUGCUGCGCAUCAGCGUGAGGGUGGGCCGCGACGCGCCGCCGACCACGCCGUCGAGCACGCCGUCGAGCACGCCGUCGGCGCCCCCGGCCCUGGUGCGGACCGCAGCCGUGAGCUAGCAGGCAACCCAAAACGCGUAGCCCUGCGCGGAGACCGGCGUUACUGGAGUACUGCCUCGGCCCGGCCCGGCCCGGGCGGGGGACUGAGUCGGACCGACGCGCAGCCCAAGGUCAACGGGAUCCACCUCGUACUUACGGCCCAACCUGCGUGCCUGCCUGCCCACCGCGGCGGCCUGCCCACCGCGGCCUGGCCACCGCGGCCCGCCACGUCCCCGUCAUGCACGAGGCGAAGCACGGCGAAGUGUCUGGCGUCACGGCGAACCGAUCCCGGCGCGGCCACCGCCACUUUUUAUUCAGUCAAGUAGUCCCAAAAUGUUGACUGACGAAUGGGCGAGUUCGCCUGUGGGGCGACGUUGGCAGGAGUUUGUUGUUGAGCGUUGCAUUUCUGUGAUAUUUAAAUGAUGUGCCCAGAUAGUGGCAUCCAUUUGAGCGGGUCUUCGUUUUGCAUGUGUUUCAUUUUCCUAUUUUAUGCAAAUGAAAUGACUAGAUUUUGUAAUAACUAUAUUUGUGAUUAAAAAAGUAUAUUUUACAGAGCUGUUAA